AUGCACGGACGGAACAGGUACAACCUGGUGGACGAUGCGGCAGACGCGCGAGUCCCGUUUCACAACGAUGAAGCGUUUCAGCACGGCAUCCACUUCCAAGCAAAGUAUAUCGGAAGUCUGGAUGUCACAAGACCCAACAGUCGUAUGGAAAUCGUUGCUGCUAUGCGAAGAAUCAGGUACGAGUUCAAAGCAAAGAGCAUCAAGAAGAAGAAGGUGAGCAUGGUGGUCUCGGUGGACGGAGUAAAAGUGGUACUGCGCAAGAAACAGAAGAGAAAAGAGUGGACAUGGGAUGAAAGCAGAAUGCUGGUGAUGCAAGACCCCAUCCACAGGAUCUUUUACGUGUCACAUGACUCUCAGGAUCUGAAAAUUUUCAGUUACAUUUCCAGAGACGGGUCCAGCAAAAACUUCAAAUGCAACGUCUUCAAGUCCAAAAAGAAGAGCCAGGCCAUGCGCAUAGUAAGGACAGUGGGCCAGGCCUUCAACGUGUGCCAUAAGAUAAGCCUGCAAAUUGCAGAAGAACAAAAAGCUGGACAGACAGAUGUGCCUGCAAACGGAGGGGGCAUGAAAACCGGGGACGAGACAACUACUGCAGCUGGUCACCUGACUGAAGCUGAGAAAGACAGCACCAUACACGUAGAGGCAGUGUCUCAGACAGUCAACGGUUGUGACCAGGUUAUGAACGACGUCCUUCAGAGCCUGUCAGAGCUCAACGUGGUCAAAGGAGGACACACUGUUCAGGAUACGAACGGCGUGCAUCACUACGCUCUGCAAUUUCCCAACAGCCUUUGCUCUCCAUCCCUCACACCACUGGCUGACCAGCACCACCUGCAGUUAUUACAGCAUCAGUUACUGCAGCAGCAGCAACAAGCCCAGGCCGCUGUGGCACAGGUACAGCUCCUGAAGGACCAGAUAGCGGCGGAGACGACCGCCAGGAUGGAGGCCCAGGGAAGGAGCCACCAGCUGCUGCUGCAGAACCGAGACCUGCUGCAGCACAUAGGCCUGCUGGUCCAACACAUCAGUGAACUGGAGGCCAGGGUCAACGGCAGUGCACACAACGGAGAGCGGAGGACCGCGUCCUCCCACUCGCUCGCCAUCGACUUGAAGAAGCAUUUCGGCACAGAGCGACCCAUCACUUCCACACCAGCAGGGGAAGCCCGGAUUUCCCCUGUGCCCCUUUAUCCGCUGGACUGUGCGGAGUCCUACCUCAGUCUGCUUAAAGUGGGCACAGCCGAUGGCGAGCCGGCGGACGCGAGGCGUGAACGGGCCUCCGACAGCACGACAAAUGAAACCACGAGACCAAAUACGGCUGCACUGGAUGAAAGGGUUAAAAAGAUCAUUCCCAAGCUGGAUCCUCCCCCUCAACAACUCAAUCGGAAGCGUCUGACCAGAAUUCUUUCCUCGGGAUCCGAACCCGUCUCCAACACCGCCCUAAUCCCGUCCUUCCCCGACGUCACCCCCAUAGUUGAUUCCCCGGACCAUUUCUACUCAUUCACCAAUGACCUGAGCAUUUCCUGCUCCGUAAGCGAAGACUCCGGCAUGCGCUCGGGCAACAAGCCGCCCGGAGAGGACCCUUCAGAAGACCGCGACUCGACCGUCCUCUCCACAUCCAGCACCUGCAGCAGUUUACCCGAGGACGGCCCCCUGUCCGGAACCCCGCCUCGUCCCGCCACGCCUUGCGGACUUGAUUACACUCUUCCGUUCUCCUCGCCCCUUAACAAGACCUGCCUGCACAUCAGCCUGAGCGAAGACGAGCUUCUGGAGGACGGCGUCUUUAACGCGUCCAGCCCACUUAGAAGUUAAGAGUUGUAGAAGUUAAGAGUACUAAGAGCGUCUACCAAAUUGACCCAAGAUUAUAGCUUUACCGAGACCAAACGGAGGUUCGUGGAUGAAGACUUGGCUUCCACAGGUUCCACUGUGACCUGUAGACAUCUGCCCCUGCUUCCUAAAGACUUUCCUAAGAAGGGAGUUCAAACCAACUGCAAUGUGCUUCCAACUCCAUUGUACAUGCCAUUUUUCUUAACUGAAGUCCAAAGAUGUCCUAAAAUAUAGAUUUUACAAUUUUAAAGUCUAGAUUUGUAUAAUUGUAGGUAUACACCGACCAGGCAUAACAUUAUGACCACUGACUGGUGAAGUGAAUGACACUGAUUAUCUCUUUAACACGGUACCUGUUUAGUGGGUGGGAUAUAUUAGGCACCGAGUGAACAUUUUAUCCUCAAAGUUGAUCGGCCAAAUUGUGAUGGCUAGACGACCGGGUCAGAGCAUCUCCAAAACUGCAGCUCUUGUGGGGCGUAUCUAUCAAAAGUGGUCCAAGGAAGGAACAAUGUUAAACCGGCGACAUGGGCGGCCAAGGCUCAUUGAUGCACGUGGGGAGCUAAGGCUGGCCCCGAGUGGUCCGAUCCAACAGAUUGCUGAAGGAGUUAAUGCUGGUUCUGAUAGGAAGGUGUCAGAAUACACAGUGCAUCACAGUUGCUGGGCUGUUUUGGCAGCAAAAGGGGGACCGACAUGAUAUUAGGAAGGGGGUCAUAAUGUAAAUAAAAAAUGAGAUCUUCAGUUUGUAAAUUUUUCCUAUAGAAAUGUUACUGCAACCAACUUGCAAAAAUAAAAA